UCUCUCGCGCUUCCGGGGAGUUUCAAUGCUUGUCUCUCGUCGUUUAGCUCCAGUUUAACAAAUAACGUAGAUACCUCGGAAAGAAGUCCGUCGUGAGAAACAGUGGUUACGUCGCUACCUUACAGGAUCAAGCAAGGGCGAGCCAGUGCAUGGAAUAUGGAGUGUAUUCCACUUGCUGUUGAUGAUGUGGAUUGUAAAAAGGAGCCACUUCUAGGAGACCCAGAUUAUAAUGUCUACACCCGGUUUAUGAAGUCUCAUCGGUGCUAUGACUUGGUCCCUACCAGCUCCAAGUUGGUGGUGUUCGAUACUUCACUGCAGGUAAAGAAGGCGUUUUUCGCUCUGGUGUCCAAUGGGGUGAGAGCAGCGCCACUCUGGGACAGUAAGAAGCAGUGUUUUGUAGGUAUGCUGACCAUCACAGACUUCAUCAACAUCCUCCAUCGCUACUACAAGUCUCCUUUGGUGCAGAUAUAUGAGCUGGAGGAGCACAAGAUAGAGACAUGGAGAGAAGUCUACCUUCAAGACUCCUUCAAGCCCCUCGUUAGCAUAUCCCCUAACGCAAGUCUGUAUGAUGCUGUAUCGUCUCUGCUGAAGAAUAAGAUCCACAGACUGCCUGUGGUCGACCCUCUGACAGGGAACACCCUAUACAUCCUCACUCACAAGAGGAUCCUGAAGUUCCUCAAGCUCUUUAUAUCGGAGAUGGCAAAACCUGCCUUCUUAGGCCAGACUCUAGAGGAGCUUGGCAUCGGAACAUUCCAUAAGAUUGCAGUGGUGCGUUCUGACACACCCCUCUACACAGCACUGGGAAUCUUUGUGGACCAGAGAGUGUCUGCCUUGCCUGUCGUCGAUGACAACGGACGAGUGGUGGACAUUUACUCCAAAUUUGAUGUCAUUAACCUAGCAGCAGAGAAGAUGUACAACAACCUGGAUGUGACUGUGACCAAAGCUUUACAGCACCGCUCACAGUAUUUUGAGGGAGUGCUCACCUGCAGCACACAUGACACACUGGAGUCCAUCAUCAACAGACUGGUGGAGGCAGAGGUGCACAGGCUGGUGGUGGUUGAUGAGCAGGAGGUGGUGAAGGGCAUCGUCUCUCUCUCAGACAUCCUCCAGGCACUGGUUCUCACUAAUGAAGAAGCAGACUAAGGAACUGCUUGAGGGAGUGAUAAAGGAAAUAUUCCUCCAAAAGAUGAGGAAGGAUAGAGAAAAUGAGGAUCCUGGAAGAAGGAGAAACAGGAGUGACACAAGAGAGGGAAAGAUAAGAAUCUUCUACAUCCCCUCAUGUACAAAUGUACGUCUACAACACAGGAGGACAUCUCUUUCUCUCUGCAUACAAAUGUACGUCUACAACACAGGAGGACAUCUCUUUCUCUCUGCAUACAAAUGUACGUCUACAACACAGGAGGACAUCUCUUUCUCUCUGCAUACAAAUGUACGUCUACAACACAGGAGGACAUCUCUUUCUCUCUGCAUACAAAUGUGAAGUUCCAUUGACUUUCUCAAUCCAGCAAUAUAGACACGUACAGUAACAAGGGACAUACAGGAACACUGUAAACCAAGCCAAAACCCAAGCAACCAAAAAGACCCAAACAAGAAGCAGGACCAGAAGUAGCCAAUGGAGUGGAGCUGUAUGUCCAUUCUGGGCAGCCCAACACAACCUAGUGUCUCUCCUCUGUAAAUGCAGGUGGUGGACCUAUACAGUACAGGAAUGAUGUGUAGUUAUAUGAAGGGGGUCAAUUUCCUACUUCUCAGACAAAUCCAUUCCCCACCUAUUCUCUCCCAUUUGGUCUGUAGAUACACUGGAGAGAGGAGUCAGUAACUUCCCACCCUGGCCCUAAACUGAGCAGCAUUCCUUUACCCAUCAUCCUUAUAGGUCUGGUAUCUCUAAAGCACAACUAGCCAGCCAAUCAUGGAUCGCAGGUUAAAGAAUGUCACAAUGGAACUUGAAGAUAUACAAAUCUACAACGGAAACUCCGCUGCCUUGGUAGGUGAAGUCUGGAUUGUCGGAAAUGGAACUGCUGUAGAAGAUGUCAUUUUUGAGUUUUACUCCUUUAUAUAUUGAUGCACAACCAAUUACUAUUUAUGUAAAUAUAACAAUGUUUUUAUUUUGGUUAUUUCUGUUGCUAAAGUGCUCUUAAUUAUUUUUUGGGGGGUUUUAGUCAAGUGUGUCCUUGUUUGUCUUGACAUGCAUUCAGUUUGACUCCGAAGACUGGAGAAAGUGCUACAUCGUGAACCAUAACAUAAGGCUGCUGUUAAGGCUUGCUUAGCCUUGUUCCUGAAAGUCAUUCUAGAGCUACAUGAGAAAUUAUUUUGCCUUAAGUUUUACUCAUUUCCCAAUCCCAACAUUUCUUUAGACAGUUUUCAACAACAUGUAGCGUGAGUGUGGAUUGAUCAUGAUGGAUUCGUUCACUUUUGCUUGUGAGCCUUUUCUAGUCCUCCUGAUUGGAUGUUAAGUGCUUCUGAGCUAUUCAUCAUGAUUGUAUUGGGGGUAUAUCAGUGAAGCAUUAGACAUGAUCUUUUUGCUGUGUCUAUUCCAUUUUCUUUCAUCCUUGUUAUAUGAUUCAAUUUUAGCCUUUCAUUACUGCCACCAUUUUCUUUCUCCUUUCUCCAUUCUGAGGGCAAACCAAUCUCGAUGUAUGAAAAUGACUUCCUUGGGCCAUUGAGUCAGUACAUUUUACUUUUCAAAAUUGACUUUUGGUAUGAAUAAGACGCGUACAAGUAUGUAAAUGCCGUCUUUUUUCUACUACUCAUGUGAAGUUCUAAUUUAAUGCAUGAGCAAUAAAUAUUAUUUCUCUUA